AGUUUGUCAGUUGUCAGUCCAGUCAUUGAUCAUUUGUUUUUGUGUUGUUUUUAAAAUUUUGUUAAAUCCAUUAGUUUUUCAAAAAAUAUACUUCAAUAUAUUGAAAACCAUGAGUUCCCCUUCGGAUACAAAAUUAGGCCAAGCUGGGACUACAGCCGAUCUCGUAAGUAACGACAAGGUAGUCCAAGAUAUUUUGAACACAUUCACGGACCUAAGGCAGUAUUCAAAAGAGAUCGAAAAUGAAUUAAAAAGCACCGAAAAUCAAUCAAUCAAAGUGUACAUGAAAGAAAGCGAAAAUAUCGCGAGUCUUCACAGCCAGAUAACUGCCUGCGAUCAAAUUUUAGCUCGAAUGGAAAAUAUGCUGUUGGAUUUUCAAAAUGAUUUGGGUAGUAUUAGUUCGGAAAUAUUAACUUUGCAAAAGAAGUCUAUUUCGAUGAGUCAGGAAUUAACGAAUAGACAGGCGAUUAGAGGACAGCUCAGUCAAUUUAUCGAUGAUAUUAAAGUGCCGGAAACAUUAAUAGCCGGUAUAAUGGAUCUCCAUGUGACAGAUAAGGAAUUCUUGACACAAUUGCAAAUUCUUAACCACAAAAUAAGUUUCAUUAAGGAGCAGAGUUUUAAAGACACAAAAUCUUGUCAAGACGUAAAGGAUAUUUUAGAGAAGCUUCGUUGUAAAGCCAUGUCAAAAAUUAGAACUUAUUUGUUGGAGCAAAUUUCAAAAUUCCGGAAACCCAUGACGAACUAUCAAAUUCCCCAAAAUAAUUUGCUAAAAAAUAAAGGCCACUAUGAAUUCUUACUAUCAAAUGAAAGAAAUAUAGCCGAGGAAAUUGUCCACGAAUACGUCGAUACUAUGAGUAAAAUAUAUUAUUCUUAUUUCAAAUCGUACGAGAGUAGAAUAAUGAAAUUACAAUACGAGGAAAAUAUUACAGCAGAUGAUUUGAUGGGAAUUGAAGAUUCAGCUACAAGAGGAAUGUUUAAUAAAUCCUUUAAGCACAAAACAACAGUAUUUUCAAUAGGAAAUCGAGGAGAUGUCUUAGCUCAGCAACUCGAAGCUCCUAUUAUUGUUCCCCAUGCAGAAACGAAAAAUAAAUUUCCAUUUGAGUCUUUAUUCAGGAGUGUGCAAUAUGCAUUAGUAGAUAAUGCAUGUAGAGAAUACCUCUUUGUUAGUGAGUACUUUAUGGUUAAAAAUCAGCCUGCUCUCGAUCUGUUCAAUAAAAUUUUGGAUAAAACUUUAAUUCUGCUUCAGAAAAACUUGAGGACUUACAUUGCGUCUUGUUACGAUUCUAUAUCGUUGUUCUUGUGUUACCAUUUAGUAUUACGGUACCAAAUAAUGUGUCACAAGCGUUGCGUUCCUGCUUUAGAUCAACAUUGGCAAUUACUGGAAAGUUUGUUGUUACCUAGAUUCGAAUAUAUUGUUCAACUGAACAUCAAGAGCAUCAAAGAUUGUGAUGUGACGAAAUUCAACCUGGAAUUGGGUCCUCAUUAUAUUGCAAGGAGAUAUGCGGAAUUUAGCGCAGCACUUGUCAGCAUAAGCGAGAACUUUCCCAAUGAACUUGUUAAUAAACUUCUAGCGGAGCUUCAAGAAGAAGUUGAAAUGUUUAUACUAAGAAUGGCCGGUGCUUUUACAGAUCGUAAAGAUCAGUUGAUUUUCCUCAUAAAUAAUUACGACAUGAUAUUGAGUAUAAUAAUGGAGAGAACAAGAGAUAAUUCCAAAGAAGCGGAAGUGUUUAAAUCAAGAUUGGGUUCCAAAAGCGGGGAAUACGCCGAGCAGAUACUAUUUCCCCACUUCGGAGAGAUGAUUCAAUAUGUUAAAGAAUGUGAGCAUUACUUUGAGAAUGCUAAAGUUAAAGAGUUAAAGGCCUUAGAACCGAAAUCUGGAGAGAUUGCACAAAAUUUCAACAACAACUGGAAGAAAUCGUUGGAAGAUCUCAAUCGCGAAGUACUAUUAUCAUUCCCGAAUUUAGUAACAGGAUCUAGUCUACUUCAACUGGCUCUUACACAAUUAGUUCAAUAUUAUCAUAGAUUUCACAAAUUAUUGACUCCACCUAUUCGGUCGCAACUUGUCAAUAUACAUCUCAUCAUGGUCGAAAUGAAGAAAUACAAGACCUCUUUUUAAAGUGCAAUACACCCCGUAUUUAAUACUUGUACUAUUUUUUUCGAAUUGUUAUUUUUUUAUUCAUAUUCAGAUAUUUAUUAAAUAUAUUUAGAGUGAUUUA